AUGCUAACAGAAACACAACUGCUUUCCGCGUUGUGUACUCGGUUGCAGCAAGAAGCCUAUACGCUGAAUUUUGAUUACUUCACGUUCCAUAUCAGGUGCAUGAGAUUCUUGAAGGCUUUGUACGAGGAGUUCAGGGUGGAGAUUAUUGAGGAGGAUGGGGAGUUGAUAGAGAGGAGAGGGGAGUUGAAUAUGGUUGUUCAUAGAAUUUUCACCUGGCUGAUGGACCAGGAGAAGGCGGAGAAUGUGAAAGAGAGAUUGAGGGGGGUGUUGGAGAUGUUCGUCGAAAGGGAAGGACGUGCGGAGAUUGAUUCUCUGAAGGAGUAUAUGGAUGGGUUGAAUUUGGCUAAUUAG